UUCAAUCAAAACAAAAUAAUUUCAUAGACAAAGUGGCUCGGAGGCGGAAAGCGUGAAAGAUUCGCAGCAAAUUUCGCGAGGGAGUUUUGGAAUUCGAGUUGGAAGGCGAUUUUGGAAGUCUUCCGCCUCUUUUCAGGCUUUUGCUGCAAACAUUCGUCAAAGCUUGUCCUGUAAAUGGGCUAAGAAUGGAUGCAGCAGUUCUAACGCAGCGAACACCGAGGAUUUUCGAGGUCAAUGAGCAGCGCUGCAACCUGAGCUCAAUUGCAAACCUCAACUUCAGUGAGGCGUGCCUCUUCAUUAGUUCGACGGCGCAAGAUGCGCUUCACUUUUUGGGCCAGUCCUUGCAAUGCGUCAAUUGCGAUCUCAUCGAGUGGGCAACCAUUGCACCCAACACAACAGUUCCUAUCCUCGUCAAAUCUGCCUCGCCGGUGAUAUUUGAAAUUCGAAACGCGGAAUUGUCGAUGGUUUACAAGCAUGCCGGGACAUUUGGAGAAAGGGGAGUUUUUGCUACUAAAUGUUCUGAUGACAAAUGUGACUCACUGGUGACAGUCCAAGAGCCGGACGAUGCCCUUUUCGCAAUUUUGAUUCUUCUUGUCGUUCUCUUGGGUUUGCAAAUUUUUUGGUUUGCCUUUCAAAAAUUCUCUCAGACAAAUUGGUACCAGAUGCUGGUUGCAAAGGCCGACUCCUCAAAUGAACUUGAAAAUGAUUUGGGAAGCCCAAGCGCAUUCAUCGAAACAACAGCCAGGACGGAAUUGCAGCAUGCUGUGCAGAAGCAUAAAUCUCGGGUCAAGUCACUCGACACAUUUCGGGGAAUCUGCAUAACCCUUAUGAUUUUCGUAAACUACGGAGGAGGCAAAUACCCAAUCUUCGAGCAUGCAACUUGGAACGGCCUGACGGUGGCUGAUAUUUUGUUCCCCUCGUUCAUGUGGAUCAUGGGCCUCAGCAUGGCUCUUUCGAUGCGCUCCCAGCUGCGGAGUGGCGUCACCAGAAGGCAGCUGGCGCUCACCAGUGUCACCCGAGGACUGAAACUUAUCCUGAUAGGCCUGAUACUCAACUCGAGCCAAGGCAACAAUAGCUUGAACACUUUCCGCAUUCCAGGAGUUUUGCAACGUCUCGGUGUGGCUUACAUUGUUGUGUCUGUGAUUGAGGCUUUUCGAAUGAAGCUGCAGAGUUGCCAGCAGCCGCAUAGACUUGCUUGGUUGCAGGAUGUGGCUGAUUCUUGGCUUCAGUGGGUCGUGGUUUUGGUUCUGGUCGGAAUCCACACAGCUCUCACUUUUGCCCUUCCUGUUCCUGGCUGUCCGACAGGCUACCUCGGGCCAGGCGGGAUUCAAGAACACGGAAUUUACAAGAACUGUACUGGCGGAGCAGCAGGAUACAUUGAUCGGAUUAUUUUUGGAUCAAACCACAUCUACCAACACCCCACUGUAAAAAAAAUUUACUACACUGAUAUCCCUUAUGACCCUGAAGGUUUACUUGGACACUUUAAUGCAAUCCUUCUUGUAUCAUUGGGAGUUCAAGCGGGCAGGAUUAUGCUGACUUACACCAACCCAUGGUCUAGAAUUGUUCGUUGGAUGGUUUGGGGAUCCAUUGUUGGUCUUGGAGGAGCCUUUCUGUGCAAUUUCUCAAAGGAAUCUGGAUUAAUUCCAGUUAACAAGAAUUUGUUCUCACUGAGCUUCGUCCUCGUCAGCUCCAGUCUGGAUUUCUUCUUUCUCUCCCUGCUUUACUUAAUUAUCGAUGUCAAGCACCUUUGGUCUGCAAGUCCAUUUUACUUUACAGGGAUGAAUUCGCUGCUCAUCUACACUUUGCACGACUUCACCCGUAACAUGCUGCCGUGGCGAUGGCAACCUCUGGGAAAUACUCACGCAGAGGUCUUGUUCAUGGACGCCUGGGCAGUCUCUCUUUGGGUAAUCAUCUCAUACAUCUGGUUUUGCAGGAAUUUCUUCUUCACAGUAUAAUUUCGAGCGGAAGCUCCGAAAGUCACAAAGCUUCCCUUAGGGAUAUUUACACUUUCAAUAUUUUACACUGAUAACUGAGAGCAAUUGUCAUAUUAUGAUAUUACACUAUGAUAUUUUAUCUUUUUGUUUUGUUAGGCAAGCCAAAUAUAGUUAGAAAAGGCUCAAUGACUGAUUAAAUUUGUGGCCAAUUUUUGGCCAAAAUAUUUAAUGUAUUAAUGUUUAUAAUAAACGCUGCAAAAGCCUUCCGCCUAAAAAGAAGGUAAAAUAAUUCUUUUCAUUCUAUCACAUGGUAAUAAAAUAAUUUAAUGUGCUUAAAAAUAUAAUAUUAAGUUAUUAAUGACUUGAUGAAAUAUUGACAUUUUCUGACACAUUGUUUCCCCCCCCCCCUUUUGGGAUUACGUAAUUAAAAGAUUGAAUUUCACAUCUUCGAGAAUUUUUAUUUAUUUUCAUAAUAAAUAAUAGCAAAAUCUAUUGUAACCCCUCAUGAACCAUAAAAAUUUAUCUACUUUUCUCAUAACAUUUAUUUAGUCUUAGAGAAGGUGAUUUCUUUUUUUAAACUUCAUGCAUUUGUUAAAAUUUUAUAGACAAAAAUCUGGUUCAAAAUAGAGCAGGCAGAGGAUUUGUUUUCACAGUAACUCAUUAUUUUUUAGAUCAUCAUAAUUGAUAACUAAGAUACAAGUUAAAAAAUUAAAUGAAAUGAGCAUAAUUACAAUCAACCCAUUUUAUUAAA